AUGAUCAGCAAAAAAAGUAUGCGAUUUAUGCGGUUUACGACCCAAUUAUACCAAAUCAAAACCGGACUCCAAUUGCAAUGCAAACAAAUAAAUCUCAGUCAAAAUGUAAGGUGUUAUGUCUUCACGGCUACCGACAGACCGGCGAUGCAUUCAAAUCAAAAAGUGGAGGAUUUAGGAAAUUAUUGA